AGCCAUCUCUCUGCAGGACUCUGGUCCUGCCGGGCCACUCACAUGAGCUCAGCAGAGGGCCACAAAUCGAUUGCCUGUCCACUGCUCUCUCAUGCUCCGCCGUUUCCCCCUCUUGAAAUAUUCAGCAUUUCCAGUGCUCUGCAGUUUUAACCUUGUCCUGUAAUUGGAAUAUUACACACCACUUUAACUUCUUUGUGUUCUAUCAGUAUAAAAAAACACACAUAGGUGCUGUGAUUCUCCACACAGGGAAAAAAAAUAAAUGAUUCUUUGUCCCUGAGGUAUUUGGAAGGAAGAAUGAAACACUGGCAUUUACAGGAUCCAGGCUUAAUACUACACACAGUGUGCAGCCAAAAUAUUUCCCUGCUUGGCUGGUAUUUGAAACGAACGUCUUUAUGGAGGUGGAAAGGCUCCAGUAUGUGGUACAGGUCAGCAUCUGCUACAGGUUGUGACCUAUCGUGGUGCUUUCUUGAAGCUUCUUAUCAACUUGGAGCCAAUCUGAAACUACACUAAACUGUGUGUGUGUGUGUGUGUGUGUGUAUGGGGGGUGUCGUAACCGAAAAUAACCAUCAUAUUAUGCAAGUAUUUAAAAAAAAAAAAAGGAUUGUGGCAAAAAGUUUUCAUACCUAUCAUUUCAAGUUGGAUUAGGGUUUUUUAAUAAAUUUUUCAAGCAGUGUUGUCUCUGUGGUAUCCUGGACGCGCUAGCCAGGGGGAGCUGUAUGAAAAGUCUCCUUUUCAUGGCUCUGUGGGGAAAUUAAAUGGGUCUACCUGCAGUUUGUGGUUUCCAUAGCAACCCGUCAGUCCAAGCCACAGUCUUGGACUGUGCGCUCCCUGAACCUGGGAAACGAACACCCCCUAGAAGUUAAAAUAUCUGGGACCAGGCACUGUGAUGUCCUAAAGAUGACCUGUAAUGAAUGUCUGUCUGAGUGCCAUUUGACUUUCGGAAAGGAAUCGUGUUCAUAUUCUAUAGCUUAGUCUAGAGUCGAUUUGGUAUUUUUCUCCAGCGUUAGCUCCUCUGUGCUCGGUGCUCAUAACCUGUGCUAUGGAGUCGGGUGGGCAGGGUGCUGCCCGCCUGGUGCUACUCGCCCAGUGUAGCAGCUGCAGCCUGUCUUUAUGUGGAGGCUGAGGACUCCUCCUGUCUCAGAGCUGUCGCUGGCGCUCCAGGCCCACGACGCCGAGCGAGACGGCGACUCAUGCAUGAUUGAUCAGUUCAGCCUUUCCCCGCUGGCGCCCAGGCCGGUCCACUCUGGCUCCCCCCCCGUGCCCCCUCCAGCGCUGCGUCUCACCUCGGCGCUGCUCGCCUCGCCUAAUUAAUACCUGCAAGAAGGUCAUUAAUAUGCAGCAGCAGGCUCGCCAGGGGACGUCUCCGUCUCUGCUGUUGCUAUAACAACAGCAUGAAAAUGAAGCCCUCCUAAAUUUUACAUUUCGAAACUGCUAUCGCAUUAACAGUACAGUGGGAGAAAACCGUAAUAGUGUCAGCGGUUCAUCAGCAGUUCCUUGCAAUGUUUAGUAGAUAUUGGCUUAAAGUCACUGGUCUGCAUGGAUGUUUACCAGGAAUGUCACACCCGAUGGUAAAUAAAUAAGAUACAUGGUCACAGGUACAAGGUAACGAUCCUGCAAACAUGUCAUUCUCAUGUUAAACCUGAAAUAAGACAUGUCCAAUCAUUAGGAGUCGCCAUACGUUGGUGCAGAAUUUUCUGUCUUUUAAAAUGGAAGGUAAAAUGGUUGUACUGCACAGGGCUACAGACAGGUUCCCUGGACAGGUUGCCUUGGACUUCUCACAGACACGCAUUGUAAGGAGGCCUUCCCCAGGACAGUAAUGAUAUGUUUAAACUAAUUAGACUUAACACCUGCUCUACCCCCAGAUACUUACCCAUCAUGCCUGUUUCCUCUGGAUUGAAAAAUUGGGCUGACCUGAAUACUCCAAAGCUUUGGGUCAGGCAAUGUGUGAUGAAGUCUCAUGAAGUCCUCCAUUGGAGCUGACAUUGACCGUCAGCAGGAAUCUCCAGUACACAAAUACAGCUGGAGGAGUUUACCUCCUUCAGGAAUAGACACACCCUCCUGCCCUGUCCACUCACCAUACUCCCUGAGUUCUGUGCCAUUCAGCUAUGGCCAGUCGAAGAAAGUCUACGAUUCCCUGCAUGAUCCGACUCAGUGAUAUGACUGAACAGGAUGACUCUGAUGACAUGGAUGUCUCUUCCAAUAACACUAUCCAAAACAUCCCACCUCUUGAAGCAUGUAACAAAGAUGCCUCUUCAGGAAGGGAUUCCGGAUCUAAGCACAGGGAGGAACCUGAGGAACAGAAUUCAGAGGCAACACGUCCACUGCGGAAACAACAGGGUGGCUAUGAAUGCAAGUAUUGUCCAUUCUCCACUCAGAACUUGAACGACUUCAAAGAGCAUGUAGACUCGAGUCACCCCAAUGUCAUACUCAACCCUCUGUACUUGUGUGCAGUGUGCAACUUCAACACAAAAAAGUUUGACACGCUCACAGAACAUAAUGAGAAGUGUCAUCCCGGAGAGACCAAUUUUAAGUUCAAAAGGAUCAAAGUCAAUGGUCAGACUGUACUGGAGCAGACCAUCGAAGGCUUGACGGACGUGGUUAUCUGUGAUGCCGCAAGCACUCAUAACGGAGAAGGAUUUCCUUCCUGUCCCUUGAGUAAAUUGGCUACCACCAAGACUGGUCAGUCUAAAUUUGAAAAAAAUCCUCUAACUAACCUUAGCCCAAAAAACCAAAUCACUGCCAUCAAUGUGAAUGGGACUGUUAUAAUUCCUGAAACGACAAUUAAAGAAGGGCUCUCUCACGUAAUGCCUUUACUUCAGCGUCCUCCCAACUUUAACUCCAUACCAAAAGUUGCUGUCCCCUUGAACACCACCAAAUACAACCCCUCACUAGACAGCAACUUAACCCUGAUCACCUCCUUCAACAAGUUUCCCUACCCAACUCAUGCUGAGCUGUCCUGGCUGACCGCUGCCUCUAAGCAUCCAGAGGAACAAAUAAAAGUCUGGUUCACAACCCAACGGCUAAAACAAGGCAUUACCUGGUCCCCAGAGGAAGUAGAGGAGGCUCGUAAGAAAAUGUUUAAUGGCUCCAUCCCACCUGCACAUCAGACAUUUACUGUUCUACCUGCCCCAGUGACAGAGCCUGCCAAGCCAGCCCAGCCUCUUAUUCAGACUGUCCCCUGCCGCCUCCUGGGACAGACAAGCUUAGUGUUGACGACUGUUGCCAGUGGGUCAACUGUCACUUGCUCGCCCAUUGCACUUACAGUUGCCAAUCAGACACAAGCCCUAAAGCGGCCCUUGGCAGCCCCAGUGGUGGCCCCUGAAGUGAAGCGACCUGUGGCUGUCCCAGUGAUUGCAGCUGAGAUGAAGCGACCUUUAGUUGCACCCUUACUUUCCCCUGAGGUGACUCGUGUGAUUGCUCCAGUGAUGGCCCCUGAUGUGAAACUUCCUGUUCCGGCUCCUGCAUUAGCCAAUGAAGUGACACGUCCAGUUGCGCCUUCCUUGCUGACCCCUGAAGCAAAGCGUCCUAUUAUAGCCCCACUGGUAGCCUCUGAAACAAAGCGGCCAGCUGCUAUCCCAGCAGUAGCCUCUGAAGCUAAGCGACCCAUCAUAGCCCCGGUGAUAGCCCCUGAGGUGAAACGGCCAACUGCUGCUGCAGCGAUGGCCUCUGAGGUAAAAUGGUCAGCUCCAGUGGUAGUCUCUGAAGCAAAGAGGCCGAUUGUAGCUCCAGUGGUAGUGUCUGAAGCAAAGCGGCCGAUUAUAGCUCCAGUAGUAGUCUCUGAAGCAAAGCGGACGAUUGUAGCUCCAGUGGCCACAUCUGAGGCAAAGCGGCCGAUUGUAGCUCCAGUGGCCACAUCUGAGGCAAAGUGGCCGAUUGUAGCUCCAGUGGCCACAUCUGAGACAAAGUGGCCGAUUGUAGCUCCAGUGGCCACAUCUGAGACAAAGUGGCCGAUUGUAGCUCCAGUGGCCACAUCUGAGACAAAGUGGCCGAUUAUAGCUCCAGUGGCAGUCUCUGAAGCAAAGCGCCCAAUUGUAGCUUCAGUGGCCACAUCUGAGGCAAAAUGGCCAAUUGUAGCCUCAGUCUAUCCCCCUGAAGUGAAGCGUCCAGCAGCAGCUGUAAUUGUAGCCCCAGAUGUGAAGCGUCCACUCACAGCUCCCACAGUAUCUACUGAUGGAAAGUCACUACCUGUUCCCCAGGCAGUUUCUCCUACUGGGAAGCAGAACAUUGCAGCACCUGCUGUUGAAGUGAAGCGGCCAACUAUAAUCCACUCAAUCCAGUCACCUCGCAAGGCCACCUCUCCCAUUAUCACGUUUUCUUUGGAUUGUAAGAAAUUGGGCGAACAUAUCACGGAGCUGAGGCCCAACUAUGACAAGAGCCAACUUCCAGAAGAUGAGGCGAAUGCUCUUAAUGAAGGCGCUGUCCUUGCAGGUGGCAUAAAGGGGUUCAGCAACCAGCACGGAACCGCUAAGGGUCCACAACACAUGAGUGGCGAAUUUGUUCCAAAAGAGACAUUGCAUAAGUCUGUUCCCUCUCGGUUCCCUCUUCUUGACAGAGUGAAAGGGAAGACUGCUGAACAGUUGAAGAUUCUGGAAGAAAGCUUCCAGAGGAGUAGUGUUCCAACACAAGGAGAAUUGGAGAGCCUUGUAAGUGAGACUAAGCUCUCCAAGAUGGAAAUCGACUGCUGGUUUUCGGAGCGCAGAGCACUACGAGACAACUUGGAGCAAGCAGUGUUGAACUCCAUGGGCUCAAGGAAGGCAGAUGGAGGGGAGAGGCAGCAGCGACACAGUGUGCUGAACGGAUGCCAUGAGAAGGACAGCUGGUCCAGGGAUUCUUCUCUCUCCAUCGCCACCCCUUUUCCAUGCUCCUUGCCUAUUGACAGUAAAUCACUGACUCUCUUGAAAGAUGUCUUCACACAAACUCGGUGGCCGUCACCUGAGGAGUACAGUCAGUUAGAAGCCCGGACAGGUCUUGCACGCACCGAAAUUGUCCGCUGGUUCAAAGACAACCGGUUGCUGCUUAAAAAUGGAGCUCUGGAGUGGAUGGAGACUUUCCAGCCUAUAAGUGGUAGGGAAGCGAAUGGGCAAGGUGCAUUGUCCAGCACAGAGCACACCCAGAGUGCUAUCUUGCAGCACUAUCCAGAAGGCAAAGCAACACGGUCCGAUGACCUGGAUGGACUGACGGAUCGCACCAAGCUCAGCAACCAGGAGAUCACGGACUGGUUCGCCAACAGGUUGGGGCAGAACACUUCUGACAUUGGCAAAAAUAUAGGCCAAAAUGGCCUAAGUAGAGAGGAACCUGGUAGCUGGGUUAACAUGACCAUGGGGACAGCUGCUGGCUUGAAGGAUCAGGAGCUUGUCCUGGAUGCUGGGAAUGUGAAGACACCUAUGGAAGGGUGAUACAAAGUGUGCCAGGUUUGAAAACUGGCUGCUGCCAUUUGCACAGAAGAAAAGGAAGAGGAAAGGCUUUGUUUUUCCAUAUUUUGGAACCAAUGAUUUGACACCCCUGCUCUGGGCUAAAAGGCUGCAUUCUUACAAUAGUUAGUCUGCUGUUAAAACUUUGAGAAUGUUGUGGAAAUGCUGGUGGAAUGUAAAGUGCCGACUGAUGGUCAGGGGCACUGUAAGAAAGCCACACGCCCAGGGCGCUGACCGUCCGCUGGAGGUGACCGUCGAGUGCCAAAACGGAACUGCUGCGAUGCUCCCUGUAAAUAUUUCUUCUGUUACAUGAUAGAUUUGUAUGAUAUUGGGAGAGUUUUGUUACGUUUAUAUAGGAAUGGAUUCGUCCCUUGAGUUUUGGCUGGUCCUUGUUCUGAUUUUUGUAAUGACGCCAUAAACCACUACAUAUUUUGGCAUCUUAUUCCUGUAACUUUACAGUGUCCAACUGUAAUCCAUCCUGAGGAUGUUCUAAACUUUAGAAGUCCAAGCACUGACCACCGUUGGGUACAGCUGAAUGUCCAGGACUACACAGCACUCACACGGAGAUGGCUGCCCUCAGUAUGCAUUUUGCAAGGUGCCUGACUCGCGAACAAGGAGCACAGGGCUCCUGCACCUAACUGCCAUUUUGGCGAGGAAAUGAGGGCUGUGAACGGCUUAAGGAUCUUAGUGACAUCCUGCACAUACAACUCUUCUAUAGUCUUACUUUCUCCUUUCAGAUGAACACACAUUAUUAUUGGCCUUAGUAUUUGGGUUUCUAGGGAAACCCUAGUAGUGCUAGUUCCAUUUUUACUGUAUAAACAGGAAAUAUCAGCACAUACAUGCUCUUUAUGGUACUCUUCUGCUAUAAUGUCAGUUUCUCAAAUAUAUCAAAAAUACUGUAAUUCUACCAGGAUCCUGCUUUACUCUUUCUGAAUCCUGCUGCCAUCUGCUGUAAUCCAAUAAAACACAGCCUAUUUAAAAGCA